AUGAAUGGAUAUUGCCAUGCAGGGAGGCUUGAAGAUGCACAAGAGCUUCUCAAGAAAAUAUGCAGUCAAGGUUUAUCCCCAAAUCUUGCGACAUAUAGGACUUUGCUUGCUAAUUUGUGCAACCGAGACUAUCUUGACAAAGCACUGGCUCUAUUUGAAGCAAUGAAAAGUAAUAAGUUGAAGCCCGAUGUUCCUAUGUAUAACUUCAUUAUUGCUGGUUUGUUUGAAGCAGGGAGGGUUAAUGAAGCAAGGGAAAUGUUUUCUACCCUCAGUGAAGGUGACUGCUUAAAGCCAACUACCCGCACAUAUAACAUAGUAAUCAAUGGACUUUGUAGGCAAGGUUUGGUAGAUGACGCAUACAAUUUGUUUAGAACAAUGGAAGGGGUUACUUGUCCACCAAACUGCAAGUCUUAUAACGUGAUUAUCCAUGGAUUUCUUCAGCAUAAAGGUCCAUUUGAAGCUGGGGAUCUUAUCCAAGAAAUGUUGUCCAAGGGUUUCACAGCUGAUACAACCACAAUGUCCUUGCUGAUGGAUUUAACGUCGAAAAAUCAACUGAAUCAUCCAGUUGUCAGAAAGCUGCUUGGUGAUUCUGGAAUGGCUUGUGAGGAGGUUAGGCCGAAGGGUUUAUCAGCAGAGAGAAACAUCACCCCAGAAGCUUGUUAG